AUGAUUACAUCAUCUCCUAAGCGCAUCAAUGAGUUGAAAAGUGCCCAAAGAAAAGAAAUUGAGCAUUUGUUAGAAAUUGGAGAACGAGAGUCCGGAAGUGGUGCUAAUCAGAUUGGUAAUUUGCAACGAGCGGGAAGUACUCGUUGGUCUUCUCAUUACAGCUCUGUAAAGAGUUUGAUUGAUAUGUAUGCUGCAACUUGCAAGGUGCUUGAGUAUCUUAGUGAUCAUUCUCCAAGUACAAGAUCUCGAUCCGAGGUUGGUGGUGUAUACAAAACCAUAACAACAUUUGAAUUUGUGUUUAUCUUGCAUUUAAUGCGUAGAAUAUUAGCAAUUGCGGAUGUUCUUUGUCAGUCCCUCCAAAAGAAAACUCAAGACAUCUUAACUGCUAUGAGAUUUGUCCGUACUACAAAAACUAUCCUUCAAGCAUUGAGAGAAGAUGACUGGGAAGAAUUUCUUGAAGAGGUGAAGUGUUUUUGCUCAAAAAAUGAUAUACAUGUACCUGACUUUGAUGGUUCGUAUAUGGUUGGUCGUUCUCGUGGUCGUGAGUAUCCUACCAUUGAACAUCAUUACCACUUUGAUAUUUUCAAUGCAGCUAUUGACUUUCAGAUGAUGGAGUUAGAUACAAGAUUUAAUGAGACAUCAAUAGAGCUCCUUUCUCUCAGUACAGCUUUGGAUCCAAAAAAUUCUUUUGAAUCAUUUAAUAUGGAUAAUAUUUGCAAGCUUGCAGAGAAGUUUUAUCCUGAAGAUUUUAAACAGCAAGAUAUUUAUUGUUUGAAAGUUGAGUUGCAACACUAUCAAAAUGAUGUGAUUUCUGAACCUCGAUUUCAAGUACCUACACUUUCUGAUUUAUGUCGGGAAUUAGUUGCAAGCAGAAGGUCGGAGAGUUACGUCAUUUUGACUAAAUUGAUUUAUUUAGUACUGACACUACCUGUUUCAACGGCGACUGUGGAGCGAGCUUUUUCAGCAAUGAAACAUGUGAAAACGGAAAUUCGUAACAAAAUGGAUGAUGGUUUUCUUGCUGAUUGUUUAACACUCAACAUUGAACGAGAAUUUAGUAUGAAUUUAGAUCUAGAUUCUAUUAUAGAUGAAUUUUAUGCUGUAAAACAUCGCCGAGUACAACUUCAAUAG